AUGACUGUGCACUCGACUGCGGAGGCGCAAGCGCACAGCACACCACAUGCCGAUAAGGACGAGAAUCGUAACAUUGCGACAACGGCCUCGGACUCGUCACCUUUAUCGGCCAUUUCGAAUCAUGAUUUCUCAGAUUUCCUUCCCUCUAUGGAGUUGAACUCUCCACCGGACUCGCCAAUUGUGAAAAAUGGCGCACCAGAGGAUGCCACGGACGAUGUCACGGACCCAACGAAAGAGGCAACAGACGGAAGAGAUGAUAUGGAGUUCACCGGAGAUUCCUUGUCAACGUCUGAGCCAUCAGCGCAAACACACUGUAAGAAACGGAAGCGCCCUGCAUCACCUCCAUGGCAAUUUCCAACUGCAAAGGUUGCAACCUUAAAAACGGCAGAUGGUCGUCGUAUAUCGGCUCGAGUCAACGCAGAAAACCCAGCGUCGAGCGAGACUGAUGAGCGUUCACUCGUCAGUGGAGCACAAACAUCGAAGCCGAGAACGUCAAGUCCUCCAUGGAAGAAGUUUGGCGCGGAAGGACCUACAACUUUGCAAAUAGACGGCAUGCGUAAGAGCGGCCGUGUAAAUCGGGAGCAUGGUGAGGAAGCGAAGCGCACAAGCCCUCGUGGUCAAAAGAGGCAGGAUAAAUCGGCCGCCGGGAAGAGUGUGGAGUCGAAGGAUAAGCGUGGGAGACCAUCGACGCCGAAACGACCAAAGCGGAGUUCAGUCAGCACUGCGCCUCUCCAAUCGCACCCUGGCCGCCCUUCGAGUUCAAAUGCCAAAAUUGCGUCACUCCAGGCUCAGAUUGCCGCACUUCAGCCCUCGAAAUCUUGUUCAACGUCUCACACAGACAAAUCUCGAAAGCUUCAGAAGCGUUGCGAUGUGGAGAAUACAGUGGAAGAGCUAUCUCAGCCGGAGCGUUCAACUGAAGCUCAUCGAAAGUCCAGGCGAACAGGCAGAUCUUCGCAGGCAAAUGAGGACGUAAAACCAACGCCAACGAUCAAGCUGCGGCUGAAUGCUGCGAGGAAUGCCAUUGAGCCUCCUCAUCCCCAAGCAACCCCACCGACGCCGAUCAGACCGCCUCAGCAAUCGCUUUACCAAGUGCUGGAGAAGUAUGAACUGAGGGAACUCCAACAACCGUUCAUCGAAAGUGAUAAAGGUCAGCCAGAUGCAGAUUACUUCCUCGGACGCGCAUUGGAGAAGGCAAUAGAAGAAGGGGCCAUGCGGCGAAGGCUGCUACAAGAAGCUCAAUCAGGCGGAGUGUUGAGCCUGGAGCGACUCAGCUUGUUCCGAGACGACCGACAAAGAGAUCUGCAGGCACAGUAUGGACACCAUGACCACCUGGUUGCACAUGCUUUGUACCUACGCCAGUUGCAGCUCCGCGAGAAAACACAUCACCGAAUCAUUGCGAAAAAGAUUGCCCAGGAAGCUCUUGAAUACUGGCGAGCGAUGCAUGGGCCAACAGAAGAGGACAUAAUUGAAGAGCAGAACAACGUUUUUAAGAUGAUUCAGAAACAAAUUGUCGCGGACAUGAAAGCAAAGUGGGAUAUGGUAGAAGCGCAUGUCAGAGAGGUGAAGCGAAUUAGAUGGGAAAUGCAAGAGAAACUCAAGAAACAGGAGUUGCUGCGAAAGAAGCUAGACACUGCUCAAUUGAUGCUUGCUAGGCAGCGAGGAGAGCUGGAUAGCGAUAUGGAGGGUGAGGAGGACAGCACUGGCGACAUAAUCAGCGAUCGUGACACUGAAGCGGAAAGUGAAGGUGACGAGGAAGCCAAUAUGAGUGAUUCCUCGAGCAUUUCGGAGAAAGAGGAUGACGAAGAGGAAGGGGAUAUGGAUGAACAAGCGCUCGCAGCGUAUUUGGCGCAACGACAAGCCGAGCCGCCGGAUAAGGUUGAGCAUGAUGAUGACGCGGACAAUUCAGGCGAAAGUGAUGGGUCCGACGAUGAUCGAUCAUCUUCCGGAAGGGACACCGACUCAAAUGCUGUCACUCAAGGCGAAACUCCAGCUGUUCAACACGAUGAAGAAGAUACCAAAGUGGAGACCAUCCCCAAAUCCGAUCCGGGCGGCGGUAGCGACGACGACGCAACGGUGAAGCCGGAGCGGCGCGCAAGAACUCGCGCUGUCGCCUCAAGAUCUGUCUCACCUACGCAAGACGAGGUCGAAGCCGAGAACAAUUUUUCAUCGGACGAGUCGACAAACAUGGACUCCGAGGAUUAUGAUUCUGAUGAAGACAUGAGCGGUUCGGACGAGGAGAAUGACGACGAUAGCCAAGAAGACGCCCAGAGUACUGAUGCUGUCGAUAAGAAACAGUCUUCUUUGAUGAAAAAUUCGUUGUUGGCUCUUUUCAGCGCGAAGGAAUUGCUUGUGGAGCGUGACGGCUCGCUUCCCACACCGAUGACCAGCGUGGAAAACGGCGGGGACGCACGUUCCAGUCCCGAAUCAGUCUCUGAGGAGCAGCUCAAGACCGGAAUUGUCCAGGCUCAGGAGGGUGCCGAAUUCGAGCACGAAGAUGUCGUCGAGGAAUCGAUCGAGCCCGGAGUUGCCAUGGAUACAGACUCCGCUGAGGAAGUCAUGGCCGAUGAGAAAGGAGAAUCCAAGGAAUUGGCUCCUGCUACAGCAACACCCACCGAAGGUGCUGGAAAGGCAAUGGUUCCCGCGGUGCCUUUGCCUAGUCUAUUACGUGGUACCCUUCGAUCAUACCAGCAUGCCGGUCUGAACUGGUUGGCAUCACUAUAUCGCAACGGCACGAACGGAAUUCUUGCAGAUGAAAUGGGUCUUGGAAAGACAAUUCAAACGAUUUCUGUUCUGGCCCAUGUUGCGGAAGAAUAUGCUGUUUGGGAGCCUCAUCUCGUCAUUGUGCCAACAUCGGUCAUUCUCAACUGGGCAACCGAGUUUCAAAAGUUUCUUCCUGGAUUCCGUGUUCUGGCUUAUUAUGGAACGCAGGAAGAACGUCAGCUAAAAAGACGUGGCUGGGCGAAUGAUCCGCAUCACGACAAUAAAGACAAACGGGGUUACAACGUGGUCGUCACCAGUUACAAUAUCGCCAUGCAAGACAUCUCUUCUCUGCGCAAUGUCCAGUGGCAUUAUCUGAUUCUCGACGAAGCCCACAACAUUCGAAAUUACAAUAGCCAGCGAUGGAAGGUUCUUAUUCGCCUUCGCUCAAGGGCACGUAUCUUGUUGACUGGCACUCCAUUACAGAACAACCUGGACGAAGUGUGGGCGUUGCUCACCUUUCUACGGACUGGCGACGAAGAUGACGACUCUGGUCACGGCGAGCUAGAAGAAUUUCUGAGCCAUUGGGAGCCAAUUGUCAAACAAAUCUUUCAAGACGGUGCUGACAAGCUUUCUGCCGAGGCUCAGACUUUGGUAAAGCAUCUCCAUGUUUCACUCCGACCUUUCCUGCUGAGGAGACAAAAGAAUGAAGUCGAAAAAGACCUGCCCAAGAAAACAGAAAGCGUCGUGGUUUGCAAGCUCAGUAAGCGACAACGCCAGUUGUACCAGGAUUACAUGGGUCUUGCAGAGAUUAAAGCUACAUUGGCCAAAGGUAGCGGUGUCCAGGCUGGUGCAGUCUUGCUGAGUCUCCGGCGCGUUUGUAACCAUCCGGAUCUAUUUGACCCUCGACCUAUUCAGACCAGUUUUGCCAUGGAUGGAAGUCCAAUCGACCGAUAUGGCGCCCGAGAACGAUUGAUUCGAGAGCUACUUGGCGCGCGCGAGAAGACACCUUCAAUGCUGAUGGUAUCUGUACACGAGGGUCGUCGCAGAGCCACUGUGCAGAAGUGUAGGAAGCUCAGUGCUGUCAACAUUUUGACCCGCGAAGCGGAUACUAUGAAGAACGAGAUAGAAGCAGAUGCCGAUGCUGACCCUGCAACUCUGUUGGGUGCGCGAAUUUUCCUCAGAUUACAGAGGCGCAGGCGCGAAUUACAACGACUACAGUCUCACAUCCAGGCGACCGAAGUAUCGUUACGCGACGCACCGGUCUAUGGAAGCGAUCUACGCGAGCUCUUGACCGUGCGGACGACCAAACCGUACACAUUUGCCACUCGCCAGCAACCUAUCGUCAAGAGCAUUCAUGCUUGGCCAAACUUCGGAAGUCGACCGCUGAAAUUAGCACACCAAGCAGAUCUGCAGUCUGUGCACAGCACACAACUUGACACGGACAUAUACACCAUCUCCAAGUACGCUGCAAGAUUCCAAGACAGCAUCGUGAGAUUUGCGUUCGUCCCGCCUGCUGUCACUGCCCCAAUCUUGAACAUGAUGAUACCGCCCAAGAUGCAAGAAGCCAUCCGAUCGAGUCCCGAUUAUCCUGCAGACGCCGACUAUGCACAUGAAGCUCGGAUCCGCCUAUCCAUCGCAUUUCCAGAUGCUCGACUUCUUGUCUAUGAUUCCGGAAAAUUACAGCGUCUGACCACCUUGCUCCGGGACUUGCAAGCCCGCGGAUCCCGGAGUCUCAUUUUCACGCAGAUGGUUGGCACUCUCGAUAUUCUUGAGCGCUUUCUGAAUUUGCUGGGCAUGCCUUAUUUGCGCCUGGAUGGUAGCACUGGCAUUGAACGUCGUCAACUCUUCUGUGCGGAGUUUAAUCGUCCAGACAGUAAAUAUCAGUGCAUGAUCCUUUCGUCUCGUGCCGGAGGUGUCGGGCUCAACCUUACGGGUGCAUCAUCUGUCAUCUUCUACGACCUCGAUUGGAAUCCGCAGAUGGACCGACAAUGCAUGGACCGUGCCCAUCGUAUCGGACAGAUUCGCGACGUCGAAGUGUACAAGAUGGUCAGCGAGAAGACAGUGGAAGAGAACAUUCUACGACGAGCAAACCAAAAAAGUCUACUAGACCAGACAGUCAUUCAAGAGGGCCACUUCACUACUGAGCAGCAAAAUGACGAAGACGACAACGAUGGCGAUGGCGAUGGCGAUGGCGAAGGUGAAGAAGCCGUCAACGCGGCCAUUGAGCGACUCCUUGGUGGCAAUGAAAAGUCGGCGACGCAAGCCCUCGAGAGCGUGGAAGAUAAAGAGGAUGUACAAGCCGCGCAAGCCGCGCGCAAGGAGGACCAAAGCCAGAGCGAACUUGACGCUGGGGAAAUGCAAGAUGUUCCGGUCGAAUCGCUCGACAUCGACCACGUCAAGGAGGAACGCCGCGGACACGUCGAUGCGUACAUGAUCGGGUUGGUCGAGGAGGCGCUACGUGGUUGGCAAUAUGUGCCGCCGCCGGUGAGGAAGCUAGAUAAACAUGGACGGGAUCCGAGUCAUCGGCCGAAGAAGAAGUGA